AUGGACAAGUUACCUGUUCUCUUGCUCAAGAAGGUCAUUGGAUAUGUUGAUGAAGAAGUGAAGUUGCACACUGGUAUCUUUCUCAGCAUGUCAUGCAAGCGAUUAUAUCGUGAGCGAGACAGUUACCUCUUGCUGAACAGUGCCAGUUACUUCACCUCUGUUGCGCCUACCUUUUUGUCAGACCAUUUCCAUCUGGUCUCAUACAAAGAUGUAUUAACUCGUUCACUCACGACCCAGUACUUUGGAAUACAAUUGACAUCAACUGACUUGUUCAAGUGGGAUGGCCAAGAUGCUCUCAAACGAGGAGUAGUUCCCGAGACAACCUCAUUGUUGGUCUUUGGUGACCACUUUGAUAACGCCAUUGAGCCAGGUGCCAUCCCUCAGUCUGUCAGCAUCGUAAUAAUGGGCAAUGAUUAUAAUCAACAUCUGUCAGAUGGCAUCCUGCCCGCUGGACUCACCUAUCUCAGAAUGUCCAGAAGCUUCAAAAGAACCCUCUCAGAGUGCUCUCUGCCAGCGACGCUCACAGACAUCGACUUCGACUUCAAACCCGAACAUCCCAUUGGCGUGGGUCAACUCCCGCCAGCGCUGACCAGCCUAUACCUACCCCUAUCAUACCAGCACCCCAUAGCACCUGGCGUCAUCCCACCAUCAGUCACUACACUACACCUGAAUAACAUCAAACAUCCUUUGGUACCGGGAUGCAUCCCCGACUCAGUCACUGACCUCGUUAUCCAAAGUACUUGUGUCAUGCAGCAAUGGUCCGGUGUGCUGCCAAGAUCUCUCACCAAGUCGUACCUCUCCAUCAUGGGUCCUCUUCCCGUGGACGUGCUUCCACCGACUCUGCUGCACCUUGAACUGGUCUGCGAAAGGUCAAGAUGGGUUUUCACACCUGAUGGAUCCACCUUCCAUGAGUCCCGUCAUUCUUCCAUUUGGCUUGGUGACCCUCCUUCCAAUCUGCAGUCACUUGUCAUCCACAACCAACUUAGAUCAUUGCCACCGCCCGGCAUACUUCCUGCAUCUCUGACCCAGCUUACUCUGUACAACUACUGUCACUACAGUUCACCAUAUUGGCAUCUCAAUGAAUUGGAUCUAUCAAGGAUACCAAGAUGUGUGCUGCAUCUUAGUCUGCCGGAUGGCAUGGCACACGAGCUGGAGCACGGUGACAUACCUAGCAGUGUUACCAAGCUGGAGUUUGCAAGCAAUUUGCCGAUCAAUCCUGGAGUCAUCCCCAACUCUGUCACACACCUCAAACUGGCCAUGUCCUUUGAUCAGCCGUUGGUCAAAGAUUCAAUCCCGAGCUCUGUCACACACAUCGAUCUAUACUGUGCAUUUAAUCAACCGUUGGCCAAACAUACCAUCCCCAGCUCGGUCACUCAUCUCGAGUUUGGAUACUCUUUCAAUCAAUCAUUGGUUGAAUGUCUGAGCGAUGUCCAACUGGUGGCCAAUCUCAAAGUGCUGAUGCUGGACGAACAUUACCAGCAACCACUUCCAGCUAUGAAGAACGAUUCACUUCAACUGACCAUCACGGACAGAUACCAGCUUGAGCUUCCAGUUGGGAUGCGCGUUGGCUCAAUCCACAUUCUGCCCAGCUACUCCACCUGGGAAAAUGUUGUUUUCGACUUUGAGCCACAAGUGACUUUCAUUGUAGACACACUUCAACAUGCGAGAUCAGUACACUUCAAUGAUGAACGAUCGAUAUAUCAGGUGGACAGUGAGUGGACGCUAGCGCUCAGGCUCCUUGCCGGUGACCACAAGUUCAACGCCGGCUUUAUCCAUCGGUCCAAACUGUUCAGUUGGUUAUACAAACACUUGAAUGACGGUUACAAUAAUCAAAUCAGUUUAAUGGGAAUUUGA